AUGAGCACCAUCGCGAAUCGGUCGGCCGAGACGACUACAGUAGGCGAAUCCUCGGGCGCCACUGACGACUUGAGAGUCACCAUUCUCGUAGAUACCAAUCGUGAUGGCAGGAAGCUUCGAUUUGACAAUGUCGGAGCUGUUCAAUACCUGACCGGUCAAUGGGGAGACAACGCAGACUCAUUGGGCAGUCUGGAGACGCUUCCGUCCUAUACCCACGACGGCAAGUCUUAUCCCGCGGGACGCAUCAUCAUGGGGUUAAAGCUUGAGGAGACGCCGGCCAUCGGGGCCUUUUUGCAGGCCCAGGAGGAAUGGGAGCCCUUUGAGGUGGACGUGUGA